AUGGAAGAAAUCCCAGUGAGUGAAGUGGAUAUAAAGGACAGCGAAUGUUUUUACCUUCCCCACCAUGCAGUAGUGAAGGCAGAAAGUACGACAACUAAACUAAGAGUUGUUUUCGACGCAUCUAGUGCGUCAUCAACCGGAAUGUCUCUGAAUGACCGACUUUUGGCGGGACCCAACGUCAACCAAGAUUUGUUCUCGGUUUUUCUACGAUUUAGAGCUAACAAGGUGGCCUUUGCCGCGGACGUUGAGAAAAUGUACCGUCAAGUGUUGGUUCAUCCGCUGGACAGAAAUUUUCAACGUAUUGUGUGGAGAAGUAAUCCAGAGGAACCAAUUAAGCACUAUCGCUUGUGCACGGUUACGUACGGAACGAAAUCUGCUCCAUUCUUGGCAAUUGAAGCAUUAAAGCAAGCAGCUCGUGAAUAUCAAACUGUUUUUCCUGAGGCGGCACGGAGAAUAGAAAUGGAUACGUAUGUUGAUGACUUUCUUUCUGGAGCGAAAAACAUCGAAGAAGCACGAGAGUUGAAAAACCAGGCAACGGAGAUUCUACAUUCGGCAGGCUUUAAUUUGCGUAAAUGGACUACAAACUGUCCUGAGUUACUUUGUGACGAAGCAGAUGGCCCAGAAUCAGUUGAUGUGAAAUGGGUCGAUCAACCAGAUACAGUCAUGGCUCUUGGUAUACGCUGGUUACCACAAGAAGAUGUCUUUUCGUUUAAAAUAUUUCAGCCAGUCAGCACUGUGAACACCAAACGGCAGCUACUUUCGGACUCUUCGAAGUUGUUCGAUCCAUUUGGUUGGAUUUCUCCAGUAACAAUUCGCAUUAAAAUUCUUUUCCAGCAACUUUGGCUAUAUGAUAUGUCGUGGGAUGAUCAACUCCCUCCAGUAAUAGAAUCAAUGUGGACAGACAUUAAGCAACAGCUUUGCAAUAUCGAACAGGUUCGCAUUCCCCGGUUUGCAGCUAACUACAAUAGGAAAAUGGAAUUACACGGGUUUUCAGACGCAUCGGAAAUGGCAUACGGGGCAGUGGUUUAUUCUCGUUCAAGAGAUGAAAAUGGCAAGAUAGUUAUCACUCUAUUGGCAGCUAAAACCAGGGUAGCUCCAAUAAAACAAGUAACUUUACCACGACUCGAAUUGAGUGCAGCAGCUUUACUAACAGAGUUGAUGAAGCAAAUCACAAAUGCCUUUUCGAAUUUACAAUUAGAACACUGGGCAUGGACAGAUAGUUCAAUCGUCCUUGAUUGGCUCUCCGCUCAUCCUCGAAAAUGGCAAACGUUCAUUGGUAACAGAACGUCAGUGAUUUUAAACUUUCUUCCAAGAGAUCGUUGGAACCAUGUGUCAAGCCAAGAAAAUCCCGCAGAUUGUGCAUCAAGAGGUCUAAAUCCGGAGGAGCUUGUAACACAUCGAUUAUGGUUCCAUGGACCCGAAUGGUUAGGUAGGGACGUUAAGCAAUGGAAUUCGUUUUAUAUAGAGCGUAUUGACAAGGAGUCAACUGAAGAUUGUAAGGUCGAAUCAUUACACGCAACGAUUCUCAACGUUAGAACUAGUUUCAUUAUAGAAUCAGAGUUGUUGAGAAAGAGAUCGAGCUUUACUGUAAUUGUUCGCACAUUGGCAUAUAUUAAUCGAGUUAUACAAGUAUCCAAGAAACUGAGAAGCGAAGGAGAGUUAACACCUAGUGAACUUUACCAGGCAAAGAUACAAUUGGCCCAAACAGCACAACACGACAUCUUUGACAGGGAAAUUGAACUCCUUAGACAAGGCAAGGAAAUACCAUUCAGCCCACUAAACAAACUUCAUCCUUUCAUGGAUGAUGGUGGAACAUUGCGCGUAGGAGGACGUCUACAGUUUGCACCGUAUUCGUAUGACAUUAAACAUCCGAUAAUUUUGCCUCGUGAUCAUCGAGUGACCGAACUCUUGAUAUUAGAUCUCCAUCUACGAAAUUUUCACGCGGGACGUAAUCUGCUCUCUGCUACGAUCAAUCAGCAAUACUGGGUAGUUGGUCUCAGUACAGCUAUUCGUCGAGUAACAGAUGGGUGCAUUCGUUGUGUACGACUUAAAGGAAAGACAGCAACCCAGUUAAUGGGUAACUUACCCGUUCCUCGCGUAACUGCCACACGUGCUUUCACUCAUGUCGGUGUGGACUACGCUGGGCCAAUAAAAAUCAAUGCAUCCUGUGUACGAGGUAUUAAAACAACUAAAGGAUAUGUUGCAGUUUUUAUCUGUUUUUCAACAAUAUCAGUGCAUUUAGGAGUUGCCAGCGACUUAUCUACCAAUGUGUUUAUCGGUGCACUCAAGCGAUUUAUAGCACGCCGUGGCUAUCCCAGUGAGAUUUGGUCCGAUAACGGGACUAACUUUGUUGGGGCAGAUCGGUGGCUUCAGGAACUCAAAGGUAAUUUGACGGCUGGAAAAACAGAAAUCAAUCGAUGUUUAACGAAUAGUGGCAUCAAGUGGGUAUUCAACCCUCCGGCAUCACCUCAUCGGGGUGGAAUUUGGGAGGCUGCUGUCAAAAGUGCAAAGAAACAUUUGGUGGCAGUGCUCGGCACAACAGCAGUUACUUACGAGGAGAUGUCUACGAUCCUAUCGCAAAUCGAGGCAUGUCUAAAUUCUAGACCGCUGUGUCCUUUAUCCAGAGACCCUGACAGUUAUGAAGCCCUAACCCCGGGACAUUUUUUAAUAGGACAACCACUCAACCUGAUUCCAGAACCUGACCUUCGUUACAUUUCAUCCAACCGUUUGGACAAGUGGAAAUUAUUGCAGAAGCAGACUGUGGAAAUCUGGAGACGAUGGCGGGACGAGUAUUUAUCGAAUCUACAACUACGUACAAAGUGGCAGAUAACUAAGGCAAACGUUCAAGAGAAUCAGUUGGUAUUGGUGAAAAAUGAUAACGCCCCCCCAACACAAUGGGAGCUGGCUCGUGUUAAAAAGGUGCAUCCAGAUUCUGUAGGGAUAGUUAGAACGGUUACCUUACAGCGUGGCCAGGCAGAAUAUCAACGACCAAUUCAAAGAAUAUGUUUGUUACCACCAGAUGCAAUUGAAACUGGACGUUUCAAGGCGGGGGAGAUUGUUUGA